AUGUCAUUCAACAACUUAUGUUUCUUUUCUGUUGACCCCACUCAACCUGCACCACAUGGUAAAGCCCCUCGUGCCAUCACUUCUGAUCAAACAGAUCUUGAACAAAUUGAAGACCAGCUUGUUCAUGACAAUAAAGCAAUUGACAACAGUAAAGUAGAAGUUCUUUAUGAUUCUGAUGCUGAAGUAACUGGAAAUGGCGAAGUAGAAGAUUUAGAAGAUAUAGAAGACUUGGAAAACUUUGAAGACAUAGAAAAUGAUGAAGACUUUGAGGAUAUAGAAAACAAUAAAGAAUUUGAAGAUGUGACAAAUGCUGAAAACGUUAAAACAGAGCAUAAUGAUGACGUCCAAGGCUCAUCAUCAGCAAAUAACAAAUUAUCUGCAGGUGAACAUAAGAGAAAAGUUGGGCACCUUUGGAAUAACUUCCUAGUGGCCUUUAGGAAUGAGCAAGACUUUAGCAGUUUGCCCCAACAUUUCAAAACCACUGUGGACAGCAGUAGAUGCAACAACAAGUUUAAAGCACUUAAGGUAGCCUUCAAGAAAGAGUCAGAUAGAGUGUAUAUUCAAGCUAGUCGUGGCCUUAAAAAUGUAGUUGAUGAAGGACAACUGGUAACUGAAGAGCCUGAGACAAGAAGUUCUAGCUCUGUGUCUCUCCCUACACCAACAAGACAGAGUCAGACACAUAAUACUAGAGACUACAAUGUCAUCUUGGAGUUAAUGAGCUCGACUUAUGACAAAGUCAUGGAAGAAUCCAGAGCCGCCACAUGCAAAUUUGCAGAGGCAUUUCUUGGUAGCAAUGAAGAACAAGCAGAAAAGAAUAGGAUGAUUGAUCUGGACAAUUAA